GUCUAGGGCCGACAAAAUUAAACGCUAGGAUCGAGAAAUGAUUAUGAUGCCACACCCUAUUCUAGUAGUUAUAAUAUAUUAAGCAAGAAAAAUAGUACUGACUUUAUUUUAGUAGCCUAACAGUUGUUUUUUUUCUUUUUGUUUUUGCCUAUCCACCAAGAAGGACAUCCUCGAAUAUGUUUUUCAUUGCGACCACUAAUAUCAACAAGGGACUUGUUCGAGUUGAUUCAUGCCUUCAAAGACAGACACAGAGCGUUGCUAAGGUUAACACAAUUGUACUUGGUAUUGAAUAAUCAACUUGACAAGUAGGGUUGUUAGUGGCUCUACAAGUAGGGUUGUUAGUGGCUCUAAAGGUUUUCAUAAUUGAAGAUGUUAAGAAAUGACUUUUUUGUCUUGCAUUUCGGUCUCGUCUCAGACUGACUUGGUGCAGGCGUGUGACAGAAAAUUGCCAAUACACUAGAAAACUAGGAUUAAGAAAAGACAAGCUCUAAGUCAUCGUCAUAGCACUACCACGAAGAAAAGACAAGUUCUUGGAGCGAGGACAAACACAACAGAACAAGACUGUUCCAUCAGGACCCUCAAGCUGAGCCUGCUAUUAUGUGACGUAUUUUCCUCAGAACAAACGUGGAGAAGAUUUCCGUACUUUCCACCUUAGAGAUGUUCUAUCGUUACCGCAAGUUGAGCAUGCUAUUAUGUGACGUAUUUUCCUCAGAAUAAGUGUGAAAAAGAUUUCCGUACUUUCCACCUUAGAGAUGUUCUAUCGUUACCGCAAGUUGAGCAUGCUAUUAUGUGACGUAUUUUCCUCAGAACAAACGUGAAAGAGAUUUCCGCACUUUCCACCUUAGAGAUGUUCUAUCGUUGCCGCAAGUUGAGCCUGCUAUUAUGUGACGUAUUUUCCUCAGAACAAAUGUGAAGAAGAUUGCCGUACUUUCCACCUGAGAAAGAUAAUGCUCUUGGGUAACAACUUGCUGUCGAAGAUUGCGCUUCUUUUUGGUGCGAACGAUCGAUAGAUUGCAAUACUCUGGAGCAGCGUGACGAAUUAACUGUACGUAACUUUUUGAGUAGUUGUAGUCAGAAAGCAUAGUCAGGAGGCUGUAUUUAUCGUAGCCUCAUCCAAUCUCUUUAGUGCGUAGUAAUAUUUGCUUCUAGAACAAUCAUCAUCGUGAACGGAGUCCAAGAAUGAAACAAGGUCGCGAUGAUACAUAUAUCAAGGACAACCAAGGGUAGCGCGAUUCUAUAAUUCUUCAAAAAGAGAAGAAGGAAAGAAGGGCCGCCUGCUAAUUAAAAUUUCUUCAAUACCCCACGAAUGGGCACACGACUACUACUACUAGGAAUGCUGCAUGGCAGGGCAUAUGUAACCUAAGAGUUUCCACCAAUUGGCCUGUGUCUCUGCUUCGUUCUAGUGAACGGGUUUUUGAAUGGAGUUGUGCAGGAGCUUCGACAACAGAAUACUUUUCAUUUUCUAGUAAGAGACAGGACAACAUGAAGGUGAAGAAUAUAUGGUUGGCUGAGAAAGAUUAGGCUUGUUAAUGGCUCUGGAGUUUUCAUAAUUGAAGAUGUUAACUAGAAAUCAUAUUUUCUCUGACAGUGACCUCUACUCGUACUCGGUCUCUUAGCUUGACGUUGACCUGAUGCAGGCGCGUACCAGAAAAUUGUAGGCAGCUUGUACUCGUCGAGUAGAUUGAGCCCAUCAGUGCGUCCGAUAAGGAGGUAGAAAAUUUCGAGCACUCAUUAGUCUUACUCCCACUCAUUCUCAUAUCAAGAAGUAGGGAGCCCAAGUUCGUAGUUCAAGCUCAGCAAGUCGCGUUUGACUUGGAUAUUAAGUCUCUCAGUAAGCCCUUCUCACGUAUAUCUUUUUUUCCUCGCACCCACACCCGCCUUUCACGUGAAUGAUCGAGGCACUCCAAUACAUACAACUAGCACUUUGCUGUAUAGAACUGCCUCACUUUCACAUGGUCUUGUAUCCGAAGAUGUAUAUUCUUAAUGAUUCCCUCAUAUUGCUCCCGCCGAGCGUAGAGGUGCGGCAGUCGCAGCUGCGGGCAGGUACACCGGACAACACUGGGAUCACCCUUUCGGCGUUCUCGGAAUACAAAAAAAAAUGUGCCCCGCGGAGGCAAGCUGAGUCGUGAUUGACUGACGCCAAUAGUCUAUCUUCCGCGCGCGGCAAAGAAUCCACCCUCCAUAAAAUACCUUGUUCUUUCUUGAUGGAUCUUCGUGAUUAUUAUAGAUACAUAGAUCACCACCUUAUAUCAACUAUGAGUUCUUUUCAUCUGGGUGCUGCGCCACCAGCACCAACAAGAACAACUACGAAGAACGCUGCGCCGCCAGCACGUGUUGUGGCAACCAACAUCUUCAGGAGGGA